AUGCGAUAUAAUUUGUCGGGAUCCCUACAAUCCAGCCGAGGAGCGGACUUACUUCUAACCGACUCCUCUCAGAUCCCCGAGGGUCUGUUUACCUCGGCGGCUCAGCCUACCGGACUCUUAAAGCUGCCAAUCUCUCCCGUUGGCCGACGUCUCGACGCCUCAGUCCGAGUGGCUUCUUUGAGCAGUGGUCAGCUGCAUCUCUGGCACCAGGUGGGCUCACAGGCGCAGGGUACUCAUGUUCACGCCAUCACACUAGCUCGGGUGCCUUUCUCACAUCCCGUCCCUUCGUCUAGCACGGAUUCCACACCAUCCUUUGUCACACCUUCGAAAGACUGUGCCGCAUGCGCCGAUUUCUCCGCUGCUGGAAUGAGCUCCCCACCGACUCUUCGGCCGGCCUCUGGUCAGACCCAUCUCAUAGCGUCCACCAAUCUGGGUUCAGACAACCUCUCUAGUUUCUAUCAGGUAAACUUACGUGAACUCAUGACCUGA